CUGCGCUUUGGAGCUCGCUGAGGCUCUAGUGGCGCGGGCGCUUCCUCGCCUUUUCUGGUGACUGAGGGGCUUUGCUGUGACCCCGACACAGCCCAGGCUACCUGCCGAGCCGUCAGGUCCUAGCAGUGGCCUUCGGGGACCACUGCCCCGGCAUUGGCCGCCAGCCUUCAGGUCUGGGCCGCUCUCCCGCGGGGAGAACAUCUCCUCAGGACCAUGUCCAGGCCGAGUAGCGUCUCUCCGCGGCCCCCAGCUCCCGGCGGGGGCGGUGGAGGCGGAAGCGGCGGUGGAGGGGGCGGCCCAGCGCAGUGUGGCCUCGGGGGCGGUGGCCGGGCCAGGGGGCUGAAGGACAUUCGUAUCGACGAGGAGGUGAAGAUAGCAGUCAAUAUCGCCCUGGAGCGAUUCCGGUACGGGGACCAGAGAGAAAUGGAAUUUCCUUCUUCUUUGACCAGUACUGAAAGAGCCUUUAUUCAUCGAUUGAGUCAGUCUCUUGGUUUGGUCUCUAAAAGUAAAGGGAAGGGAGCAAAUAGAUACCUAACUGUGAGGAAAAAAGAUGGAUCAGAAGCAGCUCAUGCAAUGAUGACCUGUAAUUUGACUCAUAAUACAAAACAUGCUGUUAGGAGCCUAAUUCAAAGAUUUCCUGUCACCAAUAAAGAGCGUACUGAACUUCUGCCUAAAACGGAAAGAGGGAAUGUGUUUGCAGUUGAAGCUGAAAAUCGGGAAAUGAGCAAGACAAGUGGACGACUUAACAAUGGUAUACCUCAGAUUCCAGUGAAAAGAGGAGAAUCCGAAUUUGAUUCUUUCAGGCAAUCUCUUCCAGUGUUUGAGAAACAAGAAGAAAUUGUUAAAAUAAUUAAAGAGAAUAAAGUAGUUUUGAUUGUGGGAGAAACUGGGUCAGGAAAGACCACACAGAUUCCUCAGUUCCUUUUAGAUGAUUGCUUCAAAAAUGGUAUCCCCUGCCGUAUAUUUUGUACUCAGCCAAGACGAUUAGCAGCAAUUGCUGUGGCUGAAAGAGUUGCUGCAGAGAGAAGAGAAAGGAUUGGUCAGACAAUUGGGUAUCAGAUUCGAUUAGAAAGCAGGGUUUCUCCAAAGACACUUCUGACAUUUUGCACUAAUGGAGUAUUACUUCGCACGUUGAUGGCGGGAGACAGUACAUUGUCAACUGUGACACAUGUUAUUGUGGAUGAAGUACACGAAAGGGAUCGAUUUAGUGAUUUUUUACUUACAAAGUUAAGAGAUUUGUUGCAAAAGCACCCAACUUUGAAACUAAUUCUUUCCAGUGCUGCACUGGAUGUAAAUCUCUUUAUAAGAUAUUUUGGAAGCUGUCCAGUGAUACAUAUACAGGGAAGACCAUUUGAAGUAAAAGAAAUGUUUUUGGAAGAUAUUUUAAGAACCACUGGAUAUACAAAUAAAGAAAUGUUAAAGUACAAAAAGGAAAAACAACGAGAAGAGAAACAACAAACAACGCUUACAGAAUGGUACUCAGCUCAGGAGAAUACUUUCAAACCUGAGUCUCAGAGGCAGAGAACUGUUCCAAAUGUAACUGAAGAAUACGACUUACUAGAUGAUGGCGGUGAUGCUGUCUUUAGUCAGUUGACAGAGAAAGAUGUGAAUUGCCUUGAGCCAUGGUUAAUAAAGGAAAUGGAUGCUUGUCUUUCUGACAUAUGGCUACAUAAAGAUGUUGAUGCUUUUGCUCAGGUCUUUCACCUUAUUUUAACUGAAAAUGUUAGUGUCGAUUACAGGCACAGUGAAACCAGUGCAACAGCCCUGAUGGUUGCUGCAGGACGAGGUUUCACAAGUCAAGUAGAACAGUUAAUUAGUAUGGGAGCCAAUGUCCAUAGUAAAGCAUCAAAUGGCUGGAUGGCUUUAGAUUGGGCAAAACACUUUGGACAAACUGAAAUUGUGGAUCUUCUAGAAUCUUACAGUGCUUCAUUGGAAUUUGGAAAUCUAGAUGAAAGUUCUCUGGUUCAAACAAAUGGAAGUGACCUCAGUACAGAAGACAGAGAGCUCCUGAAAGCUUAUCAUCAUAGUUUUGAUGAUGAAAAAGUAGACUUGGAUUUGAUCAUGCAUCUUCUGUACAAUAUCUGUCAUAGUUGUGAUGCUGGUGCAAUAUUAAUUUUCCUACCUGGAUAUGAUGAAAUUGUUGGAUUGAGGGAUCGCAUCCUGUUUGAUGACAAGCGGUUUGCUGACAAUACACAUAGGUAUCAAGUCUUUAUGCUUCAUUCAAAUAUGCAAACAUCUGAUCAAAAGAAGGUAUUAAAAAAUCCACCUGCAGGUGUUCGAAAAAUAAUCCUUUCCACCAAUAUUGCUGAAACCAGCAUCACAGUCAAUGAUGUUGUCUUUGUUAUUGAUUCUGGUAAGGUGAAAGAGAAGUCCUUUGAUGCACUGAAUUUUGUUACAAUGUUAAAAAUGGUGUGGAUUUCUAAAGCUAGUGCCAUACAACGAAAAGGCAGGGCGGGGCGAUGUAGACCUGGAAUCUGUUUCCGUCUGUUCAGUAGACUCCGAUUCCAGAAUAUGUUGGAAUUUCAGACUCCGGAACUUUUGAGAAUGCCAUUACAGGAACUUUGUUUACAUACCAAGCUGUUAGCCCCAAUUAAUUGUCCCAUUGCUGAUUUCCUUAUGAAAGCUCCUGAACCUCCACCAGCUUUGAUUGUAAGGAAUGCUGUACAGAUGCUAAAGACAAUAGAUGCCAUGGAUACAUGGGAAGAUCUGACUGAACUUGGAUAUCAUUUGGCUGACUUGCCAGUAGAACCACAUCUUGGUAAAAUGGUCCUAUGUGCUGUUGUUUUAAAGUGUCUGGACCCCAUCCUUACUAUUGCCUGCACAUUAGCCUAUCGAGAUCCGUUUGUAUUGCCAACUCAGGCCUCUCAAAAACGUGCAGCUAUGCUUUGUAGGAAACGUUUCACUGCAGGAACUUUCAGUGACCAUAUGGCACUUCUCAGGGCAUUCCAGGCAUGGCAGAAGGCACGGAGUGAUGGGUGGGAGCGAGCCUUCUGUGAAAAGAAUUUUCUUUCACAAGCAACCAUGGAAAUAAUCAUAGGCAUGCGAACUCAGUUGCUUGGUCAACUUAGAGCAUCAGGUUUUGUUAGAGCACGAGGUGGUGGUGACAUUCGAGAUGUUAACACAAACUCUGAGAACUGGGCUGUUGUGAAAGCUGCAUUGGUGGCAGGCAUGUAUCCUAAUUUAGUCCACGUGGACAGAGAGAAUGUAGUAUUGACAGCGCAAAAGGAAAAAAAAGUACGGUUUCAUCCCACUUCAGUUCUCAGUCAACCUCAGUAUAAAAAGAUUCCUCCAGCAAAUGGUCAAGCUGCAGCAAUUCAGGCACUGCCCACAGAUUGGCUUAUUUAUGAUGAAAUGACCAGAGCCCAUAGGAUAGCUAAUAUUAGAUGUUGUUCGGCAGUGACGCCUGUCACUGUAUUGGUGUUCUGUGGGCCAGCUAGGUUGGCAAGUAAUGCUCUUCAGGAACCUUCGUCCUUCAGAGCGGAUGGUAUUCCUAAUGACAGUAGUGAUAGUGAAAUGGAAGAUAGAACUACUGCCAAUUUGGCAACUUUGAAACUUGAUGAGUGGCUCAGUUUCAAACUGGAUCCAGAGGCAGCCAGUUUACUGCUGCAGCUCAGGCAGAAGUGGCAUAGCUUGUUUUUGCGUCGAAUGAGAGCUCCGUCUAAACCUUGGUCUCAAGUUGAUGAAGCUACGAUAAGAGCAAUUAUUGCUGUUUUAAGCACUGAAGAACAGUCAGCAGGUUUACAACAACCAUCUGGGAUUGGGCAAAGGCCAAGACCUAUGUCUUCAGAAGAACUUCCUUUGGCAUCAUCUUGGAGGUCAAAUAAUAGUAGGAAAAGUUCAGCAGAUACUGAAUUUGCUGAUGAGUCUACUACUGCAGAAAGAGUAUUGAUGAAAUCUCCAUCUCCAGCGUUACACCCACCUCAGAAGUACAAAGAUAGAGGAAUUUUACAUCCUAAACGAAACACUGAUGACCGAUCAGAUCAAUCUUCUGUGAAAUCCACAGACAGCAGUAGUUACCCAAGUCCUUGUGCCAGCCCUUCUCCACCAUCCUCAGGAAAGGGCUCAAAAUCUCCAUCACCAAGACCAAACAUGCCUGUUCGAUACUUCAUAAUGAAGAGUAGCAAUUUGAGAAACCUUGAGAUUUCUCAGCAGAAGGGUAUCUGGUCUACAACCCCUAGUAAUGAGCGGAAGCUAAAUCGAGCUUUUUGGGAAAGCAGCAUGGUUUACUUGGUAUUUUCUGUUCAAGGAUCUGGGCAUUUCCAGGGAUUUUCUAGGAUGUCUUCUGAGAUUGGAAGGGAGAAGAGUCAGGAUUGGGGCUCAGCUGGACUAGGAGGAGUAUUUAAGGUGGAAUGGAUACGAAAAGAAAGUCUUCCCUUUCAGUUUGCACACCAUUUGCUCAAUCCUUGGAAUGAUAACAAGAAAGUCCAGAUAAGUAGAGAUGGGCAGGAACUAGAACCUCAAGUUGGUGAACAGUUGCUGCAGUUAUGGGAACGCCUUCCAUUAGGAGAAAAAAACCCAACUGAUUGACACUCAGGUUAUAGCAUACUUUAGUACUGGUGGUGUUUGUCAUCAUUAAGAACAUCUUUCAGAUUACUUAUAUAUAUAUUUUUUACCUUUCCAGAACUUUUAGUUGCUGAAGAACAUCAUGCCUAUUUAUAACCACUGAACGCACUGAUUUCUGAAAACUGAGAUGAGGUUAUGUGUUAUAAAUGGGCUUCUUUAGAAUGUUUCAAAACUGCUCAGUGUAAAAAAAGGAUCAUCUUAAUUUUCAUAAUGAUCAUAGGGAAUUAUCACUUACUGUUUGUAAUUGUAGGUUUAGUAGUUUCAUUUUUUGACACAGAACAGCAUUAUUUUAAACAUACUUACUUUAUAAAGUUAAACAUUUCAUUUGUUUAAAAGACUGAUUUAUAACACUAAUGAUUUUUUAAUGCACAGUAAAUUAUUUUCUUUUAAUAAAGGUCUGAACCAUAUCAUUUAAACACUGUUUUAUAACAGUCAACUCUUAAGAUGUAUCACUAAAAACAAGCAGAAACAACUAAAUUCUAAAAAUGUCACUUUUAAAGCUAGUACAUGCUGGAAAGGACUAUUCGUUCUGCCAUUUUUAACUUGAUAUACAUUAAUGAAAAAAGAAAUGUUCUUUUUCAGCAGUUAUGAAAUGUAGUAAAAUCUGAAAAAAGGUAGAGAGUUUCUCCCUGCUUUUGAUCAGAUCAAAGUUAGUGCUCAGUUUUAUUCCUGGUCCUGCUUCAUUUAACCUGUUUUGAACCAUACACAUUCCUUCCUCUCACUUUACAACCUUUACAUGUCUUAUGUGAACACAAAUUAUGGCCUCUUUGUUUUGGCUAGGGAAAUUUGAUUUAGACUAUUUAAAAAGUUUUAACAAGUUUAAAAAAUUGCUUAACAGGAGAAGUAGUUUGGUUGGUGUAUGUCUUCCAAACUAAAGCCUGUAACCAACACAGUUCUAAAUGCCUUCUCCCAUUUUUCUUUUUAGUAUUUUUUCUCUUAUUUAUGCUUUUGGUGAUGAUUUUUCUUUGUUGCAUUUGUGGCUUAAUAAACGGGAAGUAAUUUUUUUGUAAAUCUGUGCUGGGGCCAACUCAUAUUUCUUUGCCACCUCAGAAUUAUUUGAUUUUAUCUGUUUACUACUGCUGUCUAUAAAGCUUCCUUAGAGAGUUUUGAAGGGCAAAACAGAGGUACAGGGAAAAAUGAAAGAAAUGUCUUGGUUAACAGCUCAGCUCUAAAUAGAACAGGUUUGAUAGCAGUUCUCAUGCUACGUUUGGGUUAUUGUUUAGAAAGAAAAACAAACGCGAACUUUCUUUAAACACAGACGGAAACUUCAAAGUCCUUGUGCUUCUGUAUUUGAGGACAAAGAAAUGGAAAAAUCACACACACACAAAAAAAACCCACAGGUCAACAUAAAAUCUUAAGAGCUGUUCUCCUUUGUCUGAGAAACAUUAUAUAUUGGUGCAUUAGUUUACAAUGCCAGCUGUGAUUUUUGUGUUUGUGGCGAUUAAAUUUUUGUUUUAUUCUUUGAGACAUACCUGUAAAUUGAGCUUAUAUGAAUUAUGUUGCACUGUAUGAUGUGUAUUAGUUCUUUUCUUGUUAGAGCAACUUUUGUCUUCCUGAUUAUGUAUUUUGUUUAGAUAUAUGUAUUUAUCAGUUCUCAGUGUUAUGAAUUUGGAAGUAAGGAUUUUUAAAAAAUAGAACUUAAUUUCCUUUUUUUUUUUUUAAUAUCUAGUCCUGUAUGUAAUGAUAGGGUUUGUUGGUAUUUAAAAUGAAUACAAUUUGAAUGUAGUAAAAAUGCUGAUUUUGAAAGAGAUGAACUUUAAAUAUACUUAUUAAAUAAAAUUUUAUUGAAUUAUUCAGAUCUUGUUAUUUCUGAUACUGUAUAAAAGGACCGCUUAGAUAAUAUUGAAUUUCAAACACUCUGAAGAAUAUUAAAUUAAUAGAUUAGGUAAUGGUUUGAUUUUAACCCUUCCCCCUGAAAAAAUUUGCCUAAUUAAUGAAGGGGAACAGUAAAAGUCUCAAAGCAUAUGUUUAUAGUCUUUUAAAUAUUAAUAAAAUGUUCACAAGUAGGAAAUCUAUACUAUUAAGUUGAAAUGUUUCUAUAUACAGUGAAAUGUACCUUGUGCUUAAUAAAUGUUAAAAUUUUUGUCUAAACACCCAAGGGGAAAUCAUUUAUAGUACAAUAUCCUGGUAGUUAACCCUGUUUUUAGCUGAAGAAUUCAGUUCUGUUCUGUCAACUAGUUCAUUUUUUGUUUCUGUCAGCUAUCAUUCAUUUAGAAAACACAGAGUAUCUACUGUUUGCCAAGUGUCUUAGUUAUCUGGUUCUGCUAUAACAGAAAUACCAUAAGUGGAUGGCUUUAACAAAGAUAAAUUUAUUCUCUCAAGUCUAGAAGGCUAGAAGUCCGAAUUCAAGGUGCCAGCUCCUGGAGAAUGCUCUCUCGGUUCUGGGGGAAGGUCUUUGUCAUCAGUCUUCCCCUGGUCUAGGAGCUUCUCAGCGCAGGGACCCCAUGUCCAAAAGACACACUCCACUCCUGACACUGCUUUCUUGGUAGCAUGAGGUCCCUCUCCUCAUUGCUCUAUUCUCUCUUUAUAUCUCAAAAAGAGAUUGACUCAAGAUACAACCUAAUUCUGUGUAUUGAAUCCUGCCUCAUUAACAUCAUAGAGGUUAGGAUUUACAACACAGGAUAAUCACAUCAGGUUACAAAAUGGUGGACAACCACACAAUACUGGGAAUCAUGGCCUAGCCAAGUUGACAUACAUUUUGGGGGACACAGUUCAAUCCAUAACACCAAGUAAUGUCCAAGUGUUUCUAUGUAGAAAGUCACAGUAUGUUAGAUACUUGGUCUCCAUCAGUCUUUCAUCUCCCAGAGAAAUUUAGCAUGUUUUAGUUUGUUUUCACUGAUUCACUGGGAGUAGUUCAUUGUCCGUUAUAAUAAAUAUUUUUGAGUAUCAUUUACAGUGGCAUACUAAGAUCUAUCAAGUACAUACUUGCUGUCCAGGAGGAGCUUAGAGUCUUUGGAGUAACCGUUUUAUUUGGCCUAGUAUACCAGUGGGUAGUAUACCAGUUACCAGUUGCUGUCAGGUCUGCUCCAACUCCUGGCGAUUCCAUGUAUGUCAGAGUAUAGUUGUGCUUCACAGGAUUUUCAAAGGCUGAUUUUUCGGAAGUAGACUGUCAGGCCUUUCCUCUGAAGUGCCUCUGAGUGGACUAAAAUUUCCAACCCUUUUGUUAGCCACAAAGUGCUUUAACUAUUUGCACCACUCAGGGACCCCUUGGUCUAGUAUAUAACGGAAAACCAAACCCACUGCCAUUGAGUCGAUUCCAACUCGUAGUGACUUUAUAGGACAGAAUAAAACUGAUCCAUAGGGUUUCCAAGGCCGUAAUAUUUACAGAAGCAUACUGCCACGUCUUUCUCCUGUGGAGAAAGUAGCCAAGCUCUUAACCAGUGUACCACCACGCUCCUCCUGGUCUAGUAUUAGUACCAUAAAAUUGAUAUGUACCGGGCAUUUAAGAGGUGUACGAACAUUGAAGACUUCAUGGUGGAGGUGCAUUUGAGGAUGCCUUUAAGGAUAGAUGUUAUCAUUAGCUGCCAUGGAGUCAGCUUCCAACUCAUGGUGACCUCAUGCACAAUGAAAUGAAAUGCCUAGCCCUGCACCAUCCCCAUGAUGGGUUGUAGACUGGAUCGUUGUGAUUGUAGGGUUUUCAUUGGCUAUUUUUCAGAAGUAGAUUGACAAGCCUUCUUGGUUUGUCUUAGUCUAAAAGCUCCUCUGAAACCUAUUGAGCAUCAUAGCAACAUCUAAACCACCAUUGACAGAAGGGUGGUGGCUGUGCAUGCAGUGCAUUGGCCAAGAAUCGAACCUGGGUCUCUUGCAUGGAAGGCAAGAAUUCUACCACUGAACCACCACUGCUGCCAUUUUAAGAAUGGAAAAAAAUUGUAAAAUGAUUGGGAUAGAAAACUAAAAAAAUAGUGAAAAGCUGGGAAAGGAUAAGGUAUAUUUGGGAAACAGUCCAUAUUAGCUACUUCACAAGCUUUUGCAUAAGAGUUUUGCAAUGUGAAAUAUAGUGUUCAUAAGAAAAGCUAAGGAACAUGAAUUGAAUCCAGUGGAUCUUGAACUUUAAAGUGCAACUGAUGUGCCUAUUAAAAACACUUCAAUACUGGAUCUGAUCAAUACAUUUGUAAUAGGGCUCAAGAAUUUACAUUUUUAGCAAACAUCAGAGACUGUUGAUUCAAAUUGACCAUGUAUCACAUUGAAACAGAUGGAUAAAAUUAAAGAAGAUAGCUUUGGGUAUUAAAGUUCACCAGGCAUCAACAUGAAAUAUUCAUAUUAUGUUUAGCCAUUUUAGUGCAUUAAAAUAAUGGAGUUGAUUGAAAUGCUAAAAG